AUUAUCUAGCAUUCUGUUUGUUUCUUGUUCUGCUCCCUCCUUUCUUUCUCUUUCUCCAACUCUGGGUGGGUAAUUCAUUUGUAUCUGAGAAAAUGGUAUGGUGUUGGUUUCUAACGUUAAUUUAAAAUCAUUUGAUGAUAAUGCCUUCAAAACAGCAUUAUUAUCCAAGUUGGUAUCUGGUAACUUCAAAAUGUGAUUUUGGGGUCCAGGUUAGGGUUCAAUUUUGCAAUAGGGUCAACUUCUAUUUUGUUCGAAAAAAUAAAGAAAAAAAAGAGAGAGAAAAUUAUGAUAAUGCCUUCAUAGGGUGCUGAUCUAUGCCAGUUGAUUGUAAUAUUUUUUUGUAAAGUUGUUUCAUUUUGAGCUUUAUGCUUCUCUGAUCAUUAAAUAGAUAAAAUUCUCUUCUGCCUGAACAUUUAGGACCUAGGGAACUAACUGGUGCUAUUGAUCUUGUAAGUCACUACAAGUUGUUGCUUCACCAUGAGUUCUUCUGCAAGGGACCUCUUCCUUUGUCAAUUUCAGACACACAUUAUCUUCAUAAUGUGGUGGGAGACACAGAAAUCAGAAAAGGAGAAGGGAUGCAACUGGACCAGCUUCUUCAGAAUACGUCAUACACUAAUACCCGUAUACAGCCUUUUGAUCUUGAUGUUUUCAGAGAAGCCUUCCAGCUGAGGGAAACUGGUCAUGUUGAUUUGCCUCCUGGGGAAAGGGGGAUUCCUACAAUUUCUAGAAAAUCAAAAAGUGAAUCCAAAGAUAAGGACAGGAAGCAUAAGAAGCAUAAAGACAGAGAUAAGGACAAGGAUAAAGAGCAUAAGAAGCACAAACACCGCCAUAAAGAUAAAGAUCGAGGUAAAGAUAAAGACAAGGACAAGAAGAAGGAGAAAGGGGUGCUACAUGAUUCAGGAGCUGAUCACUCGAAGAAACAACAUGACAAGAAAAGGAAGCAUGAUGGAGAUGAAGAUCUGAAUGAUGUUCACAGACACAAAAAAAGUAAGCAUAAAAGCUCAAAAAUUGAUGAAGUAGGUGCAAUAAAAGCAGCAGGCUGAAAGGGCGGCAUACAGUUUGUUCUUGUAGGGAGUUAGGAGGGAUUGAAUUUAAUUUGUCAAAAGUGAUUGAGAGUAGCUUGUAAACUUACCAAAGGAUGUCAAGAAAGUGAAUUCACCCAUUGGUGGAUAUUUUAUUGAAGGUAAAAGUUGCUGAAAGUGAACCUUGUAUCAUAACAUUGGGCUAAUACAAUUUCCGGUUGCUUUACAACCAUUAAUGUUUUCUUCUUUUAAUUAUUUUCAUAGUUUUGUAGCGCAUUUGUGCCUUCUUCGAAGUGCAAAGCCUAGUUCUGAAAGUAAUUUGAACCUACAGUUUGCCACUUUAAUUGUAGAAAAAAAGAGCAGAAAGGGAUUUUAUAUGCUACCCCUUUCUUCCCCUUUUGUCAUAACAAUGGCUAACGUACUGGGAUUUCCGGAAGAGUUGUAAGGCAUAGAUUACAGAUUAUCUACUUAGGAAAUUCCUCUUUAAA